GGAAAAGCGGAAGAAGAGACAAAAACAACAACAGCAGCAACGGCGGCAGCCGCGAGACAGCCACGACUGUUUGGCAAAUAAGACCACAGAGUAAUUUAACGAUUACCCGAACAGUAAACGCGAGCAUCGGUAAUCUGCACACAUUUAUUAGACCCGUUAUUGUUUACAUUUUAUCCCAAAAUGUCGUGGAUGGGUAAGUUAUUUGGCAGCGGGGGUAAGGGUGGGAAAGCGCCGACACCCCAGGAGGCUAUCCAGCGACUCAGGGAGACCGAGGAGAUGUUAGCCAAAAAACAGGAGUUUUUAGAGAAAAAGAUCGAGCAGGAACUCCUCACGGCGAAGAAAAACGGCACGAAAAACAAAAGAGCUGCCCUACAGGCCCUGAAAAGAAAAAAGCGCUACGAGAAGCAACUGGAUCAGAUCGACGGGACGUUGUCGACCAUCGAGUUCCAAAGGGAGGCGCUGGAGAACGCAAACACCAACACAGAAGUGCUUAAGAAUAUGGGCGUUGCUGCACAGGCAAUGAAGGCUGCACACCAAAACAUGGACAUUGACAAAGUAGACGACCUGAUGGCAGAAAUCACAGAACAGCAGGAAGUGGCCCAGGAAAUCUCAGACGUCAUUUCCAAACCAAUCGGCUUCGGAGAAGAAUACGACGAGGACGAGCUCAUGGCUGAGCUGGAGGAGCUGGAACAGGAAGAGCUGGACAAAGGUCUACUGGAAAUUGAAGGGGACGUCCCUCUGCCCAGUGUCCCAUCAACAUCACUACCAUCCAGACCAGCCAAGAAGAAGGAAGAGGACGACGAAGACGACAUGGCAGACCUCGCAGCCUGGGCUAACUAAACUAGCCAUCCGUGCUAGCUGACUAGCGCCCCUCUCCUGUCUGUUUCUCUGCUACCAGGCUGUGUCCCAGACAUCUGGAGGAGAUACAGGGACUCUGGGCCGCUGGCAUGCUACUCUGUUUUUAAGCCUACGUCCCAGAAUCCUACCAUACCCCGACCCUGAAAAGUAUGCACUUGUGCACGUCUCUGAAUGAAAGAAUGAAGCCAAGCUUUUCUCCUCUGGUUACUGUAAGAAUGUUUUUGCUUUUCUUGAGCGGUACACUCCUGUUUCUAAAAGAACAGAAUGCACAUGUCAUGCCUCUAAAACCCUGGUGUAAUCCAUACUGAAGUUCUCUUUGAAUAGAAAAGGUUGCACACUUAACACACAAGUGCAUACUUCAGGAAAGGACUGUGUGGAGGAACAGAGGACGCGGCUUGUUCCUGGGAGGAAUGUGAAGAAUCAACAGAUGUGUGAGGGGGGGAGGAAAAAAAAGCAAAAACCGAAAGACAACAUAACUCAGCCAUUUUUCUGCUUCCUGCAUUGUAAUCACCUGCUCUUCUAUGAUGACAGCAAAAGUGUUGUCUGCAUCAUCUCUGCUAAAUCGACAGCAGUAAAAAAAGAAAAAAUAAAUAAAUGUAGGACUUUUUCAUGGACAUGUCACUGUUAGAUUUUGACACUGGUGGAAACAUUUGGUAGGGGAAGGAAGCCAUGGUUUGAUCAAUGCGUUCAGAGGCAGCCUCUUAUCUCUUAUUUGGCAGGUAAAUGACACUAAAAUGUGAACUGAACAUCUGAGCCUGUCUAGGACUUGACUUUUUGCAGUGUCAUCAGUAAGGCAUUUAGUAGGGAACCUAAAGUAAAACUGCAACAGGAGAAGUUACAAUCACAGUUUCUGACUAUAUUUCAGAUUUUCAGGCAGACAAAUGCAGCCUUUAGCUUGAACAAAGCACCUUAAACAUCCAAACUCUGAAAUAACCCUAGAAGAAGCUCAUGUUUGUGUGUGAUCCUUGUUUAGAUGUAAACUGUGUGUUUUCCAGUUGUUUUUGGAGGUGUUGAAGUGGUUAAAGUAUCCAUUAAUCCAUGGAGAAGCAACGCAAGUAAAUAUUUUCCUAUCUUGCUUAUUCUGCUUUUGCUACCUCUGUAAAUUACGAGCUCUGGGGCAAUUUUGUCUGGAUCAGAUACAACAAGAACAAGCCGAACUUUGUUAAACUGCAGACUGGUUGAGUAUAAUCUAGGUCAUUACCCAUUUUUUCCAUCUAUAAACUCAGUUUAAAAUGUGAGUUGCUGCAUUUUCUGUUCCUACUCUCCACAGAGAUAAAUGAAAUGCAUAUCUAAAUAAAAUUCUUUACUUUUAAACAUAUCCGUCUUUAACUUCAAGUACAUUCCCGUCUCCUUUCUGAGAGCAAUAUUGCAUCGAUAAUAAAAGACAUACUUACACUGCAGCCAAAAUGUGGGGAAAUUAAACACUUGAAUCAAUUAAUUUGCAUUGACUUACACAUGCACUUAAAAUAUAAUUUGAUUGUAGAUUCAAAUGAAAUUAUAAUGCAGUUGUGUAUUUUUAAUAAUUUGUUAAAAGUAUAUCAGUGUAUAAGCACCACGAAAGAUGAGAAUUGGUGCUUUACAGAGUUGUUUACCUCAGAUAUCCUCUAUAAACAACAUCAGUACCGUAGCAGAACUUGAGGAGGGUGUUGAGUAAGUUGGAAUCUGCAACUUCACCAUUAGAUGUCACUCAACGUCACAUACUUCUAAAUGCAUCUGGUAUAAAUUUUUAAUAGCACAUAUUACUUGCGAUUAUCAUGCAAAGUAUAUUUGUUGGACAUCAUGUGUUGGACACUUUCAGUACUUUCUAAUCAGUAUAUUAAGCCUGCUUCUGUGUAUUUUUUUUGUUUACCUUUAAGAUUAAUUUUAUUCCAAAAAGAAGGAUUAAUAAGGGCAAUCUGAAAACAGGCUCAUCAUAAUUGCUGUGUUUCACAGGAUAUGAUUAGUUUUUGUUGCUCACACAUCAGUAAAAGGACAUUGUGUCUUUCAGAAACGUGUUAACUGAAAUGGUGUAUCUGCGGAUGGAUUUAGGAUUAUAACGAUGAGAAGUAACUCAACAAAUUACUGCCAGACAAGUAAGACAAGUAAAGAAAUAUACUUUGUUAUUUUGAGAUGAUUGUCAAAAACAGAAAUUAUUUUUUUGUAACUCCAGUAAAGAGGUAACGUGUUAACCCAGAGUUAAACGAUGACCUCUUAUUACUGAAUCUGAAGUAUCCCAUUUCCAGCACCUUGUCUGCCAGUGGUUUAACAGUGAUGUGUUAUGACAAAGUCCUACAUUGGUUGACUUUAAAGGUGUGUGUGUGUGUGUGUGUGUGUGUGUGAGUGUGUGAGUGUGACAUGUUUUUCAGCCUUUUGCCACAGUGACCUCUUGUGAAUAUUUAGUCAAACUGAGACGGUGAGUUCCAUGUUUCUCCUUUGCCCUUGACUCACCUGUAGUGCAAACACGAUUAAAGAUUGAAAGAUGAACUUGAAAAA